CUCCCAUGCAAUAUGUACAGCUCAACUGCACCUUUACAAACAUCUGCUGACUUAAACUCUGUAAGAAGACGGAGAGAGACGGCGUCGUGAAACCAGUCAUGGAUUCCAGAUGCAUGGUAAUAGCUGCUCUGGGAAGACCUCUGUAUCCUGGCAUGUUGUAUGAUUGCCGGAACGACUCCUUUAUUCCAGGUGUUACUUUAUGGGAUAAAAAUGCAUUGAGUGAUGACCUUGAUGUGCAUCAGAAGCCUAAAACACAUCUGAAAUUUGCAGCCUCUGAUAGUCUCAGUGAUAAAGCAAACCUCCUAGACGUAAACGCUUCCCUUAAAGCCAGUUUCUUAUGUGGAUUGGUGGAGGUUGGAGGAUCGGCCAAGUACCUGCAAGAUACCAAAUCUUCAUCACGUCAGUCCAGAGUUACUAUGCAGUACAGCCAGACAGCAACAUUUGAACAGCUCACUAUGAAGAAGCUUGGUAAUAUCACCUACCCACAAGUAUUUGACCAGAAAACAGCCACUCAUGUAGUUACAGCUGUACUGUAUGGAGCUCAGGUUUUCAUGGUGUUUGAUUAUACAAGUGCAGAAAAUGAGCGCAAACAGAAUAUUGAAGGAAACCUUCAUGCAGUGGUCAAGAAGAUCCCUACCAUUUCCAUUGAGGGGCAAGCAUCCCUUAACAUGACUGAAGAUGAAAAAACAAUAUCUGAGAAUAUUAGUGUCACAUUUUAUGGUGACAUUAAACUUGAAGAAAACCCCACCACAUAUAAGGAUGCCCUGGAAGUGUACAAGAAGGUGCCUGCUCUGAUGAAGCAACAAGGUAAAGGUGUGCCUCUGACAGUGUGGCUGUAUCCUCUCAAUCUUUUGGAUGAUAAGGCUGCAAAGUUGAUGAGAGAAAUUGAUUUGAGCCUGUUGUAUAAAGCAGAAAGUUUGCUUGAGGAAUUUGGUGAAAAGGAGAGAAUAUGCAAUGAUUUGAUCAAAAGACAAAUAACGGAUGAUUUCCCUGAUCUAAAAAACAGGUUGCUAAAGUUUCAGACAUUACACAGAAAUUAUACAAGUCUGUUUAAGAACGCACUACUCAGAGUGCUGCCAGCUAUUCGUGGUGGGACACAAGAGGACAAGAGACUGGGGGACAUCCUGAGCAUCCAUUACACAUCACCCUUCAAUAUAAGCAACAUGAACAAAUGGUUAGAUUACAUUACAACUGAAUUAAAUAUUCUGAGCUCCUAUACAGCAUGUUUGAAGGACAUCACAGUUGUGAAAUCCUCAGGGUCAUUAAAUUCCAUCUGUUUUCAUCCUGAUGUUGAUGUGGUGAUUUGUUUGUCAUUUACAUCUCUAAAGCAUGAGGACUCCUACCUAGCAGCUCUACAGGACUUUGCGAACUCUGAAUCAUUCAAAAUGCUGGUGCAAACAAGUGAGAGAGUUUCCAUUCUCCAAGCAGAAAAGCAUUGGUUCACUUCUCCUGACAGUCCUGCAAUCAUGAAGCAGAAUCUUUCUCUCUUUACCUCAUUUUUAAAGGCCAAUAAAAAUGAGAAGAGAGUCAAAUUCAUCAUUGCCUCCAUAUCUGAUCCCAGCAAUCCAGGAUCCUCAAUCCAACUUUAUCAGAAUGGAUCUCUGACAGAUCCUAAGUUCCAGCCUGUAUCCAAACCUCCCAAACCUGAAGUGGAGACCAGUUAUGAGAGUGUCACCCUGAAGCUUUCAAAAUCCCCAACUGGAGAGACUGUACACUUCAGAGUUGAGUACAGGAUGACAUCUUCAAAAAAUUCAGCAGCUGAUGUUGAGGAAUGGACAGUCAGAGACAUGUCAAGAGAACAGAACACCUUCACAUUGACUGGACUAAAGCCAACAGAACAAUACUGGGUCCGAUACAGAGCAGUUAGUGAUGUGGGAGUGAGUGAAGCCAGCGACUCUGUCCCCUUCACCUUUCAAGGGAAACUCACAGUCACAGUAGACCAAUGGAACUUCUCCAUGCUUUCUCUCAUUACUGAACUCAGGACUGAAAUAAUGACCACUAUCGGCAUGUCACGAUGGUCUCCAUCUACUAUCAAGUCAGAGGUUACAAAUAUUGUCAACAAUCCUACCAUUCCUUACACUGAGAAAAUCCCUGGAGGGCUGAGAGAAGGAAAGGCUUUGUACUUCCAAGGGGUCGUUUUUUCAAACGGUCAAUCGUUUACCUUGGAUUUUGUAUCCGAUGAGGGAGAUGUCGCUUUUCACUUUAGGCCCUCGUUCAAUGAACAUACCUGCUGUAACAGUUUUGUGAAUAAGAAGUGGCAGGAUGAAGAACGUGUAGAGUGUAACAUUUCCAAAGGAUCAGCAUUUGACAUUUUUGUUGUGAUCAAAACAGAAGGCUAUGAGGUCAAUGUAAAUUGGCAGAAGUCUUUCCUGUUCAGUCAUCGCAUACCAAUGGCCAAAGUGAAUGCAAUUAAUAUUCAUGGAGAUGUCAAAAUGAACACUGUUGGUACUGUUGCAAACUGGAGCAAAUCUACUUUUGGUAAGGAACUAAAGACAACAAUCACUCACACAAAGCUUUCAGACAUCCAGUCUAAUGUGCCACAUCCAGUCUGCAACCCUAGCAAGCCAUAUUUGAGAUCAAUCCCUGGAGGUUUGAGACCUGGUCUGGCUUUGUUCUUCCAAGGGGUUGUUCCAUCAGAUUGUAAAAGCUUUGAAAUAAAUUUUCAGACAAGCCCGACUUACGAAGAUGACAUCGCUUUCCACUUCAGCCCCCGUAUAUCCUCUGUGGUCCUUAAUACCCGCAGGAAUGGGACAUGGGACCAAAAUUGGGUGGAGACACCAGGAGGCCCAUUUGUCUGUGGAGCAGCUUUUGAUAUCAUCAUGGUCGUUAAGUCAGAAUGCUAUGAGGUGAUGGUGAAUGGCCAAGUGUCCUACACGUUCGAGCACCGUAUACCGGUGGACAAAGUGACUACACUUAACAUUAAUGGAGACGUCUUCAUGAACAGCUUUGCCAUUACUGAAGUGGAUGAUAUGAAACUGAAAGUCACUGUCACCAAUCCUGCCAAUAUUUGAGGCUUUGCAUCUGCUCCAAAAUCACUGCCUGUUUUUUUUUUUUUAUUCUGUAUACAGUAU